UAGAUCCACAUGGGGCUGAUGGAGAGUAUACACCAGUGCAGGGAUCUCAGUAAGCCAGUCUACCAGCAUGGAGAAGGCUUGCGCACUGAUUCUUUUUGCUUUAAUAUAUUUCUGUGAUGCUCGGAGCCCCCCACGUCCCAGAUCCAACCCAAUCCCUUUAGACUGCAAUGCUACAGAAACUGAAGCAGGACUGGCUUUGGACUUGAUCAACGAGGUUCGAGAUGGAGGAUUUGUGUUAAAGCCAUUUCGCGUUGUGAGAGCAUAUGAGCAAAAGUCUUUGAGACCAGGAGGUGGUUCUCUUUUCUACCUAACUGUAGAUGUCUUGGAGACAAAAUGCUCUGUUCUAAGUGGGGUAUCAUGGAAGAACUGCAGCGAUGACAUCUCGUUCCAUAACGCUGUAUUUGGCCAAUGUAGUGCUGCCAUCUUCAUAUCCGGGACAAAGGAAAAACAAAAACUGUUCCAGUACAAUUGCACCCUCAGCCCAGUUCCUUCUAGUGCAAUAUUCACGGAAUGUCCUGACUGCCCCGUCAUUGUAACAGAACCCACCCCUGAGGUUGAUGUGGGUAAACUGGUAGAAGAAUACAACAAGGAAAGCAACAAUACCAAUUAUUUCAAGGCAUACCACUUGGAAAGAGUGAGAAUGCAGACUGCUACUUAUUUCGUAGCCUUUACAAUAAAGGAAACUGACUGCUUGAAAACACAAAGUGAUGUUGUCCUCUCAGACUGCAAUUUCCUCGCAGACAAAGAUGCUGAUGUUGGUUUCUGCAUUGCAAGUAUAUUUGUGCAUGAUAUAAAUGAGCCAAGUACAAGUGUGUCCUGUGAAAUAUAUGGACCAAAGGAUGAUGAUGACUAUCAUCGUGGACAUGGUGGGUAUACACUGGACAAAGAAAACUCCAAACCUCGUAAAAAUAACUGUAAUCUGCAUGAUCACCGUGAAAGACACCGUCAUCAUCAUCACCAACGUCAUCAUGACCAUCAUCCUCAUCACCAUGACUACAAUUCUCAUCAUGGCCAACAUCGCCGUCAUCAUGGUCAUCAUUCACAUCAUAAAGGCCAUCAUCAUGUGAAAGGUCACAAUCAUACUUCAUCUGAACAACAUGACAGCUCAUCAGAAGAACAUACCGACCGGAAACUUUAUUUUAAAAAGUCUAAAGGUUCUGUUCAGAUUAUCUACCUUGAUGAAGAUGGUGUUCUACCAGAAACAACCAUUACUGCAACAUUUCUGUACAGACAUUACCCUAAUGACUUCCCUGAAUCCCUGGGGACCUGUCCUGGUAAACCAAUUGAAGAGCUGCCACUGAUUUUAAAGUAUCUUUUUUAAAGGAAUAUAAAACAUUUUAAGAAGACCGCACAAUAAACAUUUUGGAAAUGUUA